ACCGCACCAGUCGUCACUUGCCAAAGCACAAAUUGUCCCAAUGGAUACCCGCCGUCACGCCUAGAGUGCCCGACGUGCAGCAAGCUUGGAAUCAAAGGAUCCUACUUUUGUGGUCAGGAGUGUUUCAAGGCAAACUAGAAAACGCACAAGAUCAUUCACGACCUUGCCACGUCCCGACAACCCCUACUCAACGGUUCGAACGUUAAUCAAGAUGGCGCCUCCAAUCCUUUCGGAAACUUCCAGUUCACCGGAACGAUGAGGCCAAAAUACCCUCUCAGUCCAAGGCGUGCGGUGCCGGAGCAUAUACAACGGCCAGACUAUGCAGAAGACGGUACAGUCAAGAGAUUCUUUCGUGGCUUCUCGCUUGCCCUGUAAGUAUCUGACUUUUCAUUUGGUAUACAGGCAUUCCCAUCUCGGAGAACAGAAAGGGAGGGCAGCCACCCCGGAUCCUCUCGCCGGAGGAGCAAGAGAAGAUGCGGACUGCGUGUAGACUCGCGCGUGAAGUCCUCGAUAUCGCCGCCUCGCACGUCAAGCCCGGCGUGACGACCGACUUCAUCGACGAGGUCGUACACAAUGCAACCAUCGAGCGCAACUCGUACCCCUCGCCGCUAAACUACCGUAACUUCCCGAAAUCUGUCUGCACGUCCAUCAACGAGGUCAUUUGCCACGGUAUCCCCGACCAGCGCAGCCUUCGAGAGGGAGACAUCAUAAACAUCGACGUCUCGCUCUACCACGACGGUUUCCAUGCUGAUCUGAAUGAGACGUACCCCGUCGGCCAGAUCGAUGAAGACUCGAAAAAGCUCCUGAAGGUCACCCGACACAGCCUGGACGAGGCUAUCAAGCUCUGCAAGCCUGGUGCGCUCAUCCGUGACCUUGGCAAGGUGAUAGAGCCUAUCGCCCGUGCGGCUGGAUGCGCCGUCAUCCGGCAGUAUACCGGACACGGCGUUAACGAUCUCUUCCACUGUGCACCGAAUGUGCCUCACUACGCGAAGAAUCGUGCUAUUGGCACGAUGAAGCCCGGCAUGUGCUUCACGAUCGAGCCUAUGAUCAACUUAGGCCACAAUUGGGACCUCGUCCACUGGCCGGACAAUUGGACUGCUACUACUGUAGAUGGCAAGCGUAGCGCGCAGUUCGAGGAGACUCUUCUAAUCACUGAGACUGGUGUCGACAUACUGACCGCAGGUCAGCGACGAGCAGACCUGUAUGAUGACUAGAUAUGUAGGUGUCCAACGUGUUAGCCAUGUACACCAUAAUUCGUGUUCAUUUCGUGCUAGUCAUGCGUAGUGUGAUAACUGGUGUGAA